AUGAGGAGGAUAAAGUUGAAUCUGAAUUGCAGAACUCCUUUUUCUGCACCUAACGAUAAUGAUUCGGAAUAUAUACCAAGCGACAAUGACGAAUUGACUUCCGAUGAAUCGGCUUCUGAUACCGAUGCAUCUGAGGACAAUAUAAAUGAGAAGGAUCCCCCAAAAAUUGGCAAGACGGCUUUUCGUAAGGCCUAUAAUGCUAUCCCAAACUCUACAAAGUUGCAGUUGAGCACAGGCAGAAUAGUGGAAGACAUUCUUUUUGAAUUUGUUAAAGACAUGGACUAUGAACA